AUGGAGACCGUACGAUAUCAUUGACAGCGAUAACACGUGAACUGUGAACCCUUACGGGACGAUGUUACAUAUUGUGUAGUGUUGUGUUCUCAGUGUUAGCAAUGUGGUUAGGUUUUGUGAUUCUUAUAACUACAUUUAUAUUUGGAUGCAGUGAAGAUGCGUCUUUCUUCGAAACAACGACAACUUCGAAGCUUGCGGAAGGCGAAGCAAAAAUGAGUUCGUACAUACUUCUCAUAUUGGAGCAUUUUAAGAAACCAAAUCCUGUUGGUAUACCGGGGGCCAAAAUACCUGAACCAUAUUACGUACCUGACAUGAAACAAUCCAUGUCACUUGGAACUAUGUACUUUAAAAAUACAGCCGUGUUUGGAAUAAGCAAAUUUCGGAUUUUGAAAGUAGAUGCUGAAAUAGGCGCAAUGGAGGUCCACGCAGCGUUAGCCAUUGAUGUUCUUCAAGCUCGAGGUAAUUAUACUAUGACAACUUGGCUUAGCAAGGUUCAAGGCCCCUUUACAGUUGACGUCACUGGAAUAAUAAUAACAGCCCGAGCGAACCUCGGCGUGGAGAGAGAUGGAAAACUUCGAGCACAAGAUAUUAUCAUUGAUAUUGGGUUUACGACUAUUUCGAUGAAUUUCCAAAACGCUGGCUUCUUGGGAGGAAUGCUUCAAGGAGUUGUUAACUCUAUGGGCACAUUUGUAUUCGAUUCUAUAAAGCCGUACAUUUUAAAAGAGGCAUACACUAAAGCGAGAGAUGAAAUCAAUAAGAAACUAGACGACAUUGCUGGUGAUAUGCAAUUCCCUAACUCAAUCUCUCCUUUAGAUAUGGUUAUAGCUGAUGCUAGGAAAAAAGUACAAGAAAUGGAAAUGGAUCCGUACAAAAUCAAGGAUUACAAUACAACAGCGAGCAUCUUUACUAUAACACUAUCCCAUACAUGGGUUACGGGUAUUUCAUCAUUUCAUCGAGUAGGAAAUAUAACGUUGAUUUUGGAAAAUAAUACAGUAAUCGCGGACUUUGAAAUUGGUACACAGAGACUACAAGGUACGACUCAAUGGGAUAUUACUGCUAUUGGUGACUUGAUGUCAAGAGCAGGAAGUACUUCAUUCUCUAUUGAAUAUAUUAGUGGGAGGAUGAUAUUGGGGCAGCCACUUGAUACAAGGAAGAAACCUGAAUUUCGUAAUCUUGAUCUUGAAAUUGGUAACAUUCAGGUCCGUUUUGACGGUGCUGGUACCAUAGAUUAUGUUGUUGAAUUCGCUGUUAAUAUACUUCCUAAUUUACUGAGAUAUCAAAUAAUGGAUGCUCUUGAAACGCCAAUUAGAGAAAAAGUACAGCAAGAGUUAAAUAAAUUGAAUGUAGAAGAUAUGAUAAAACAAGAGUUACCGAAAGUUGAUCAAAUUCAAGAAGAGGGAUUUAAAUUAUCUGCUUUGGUUGGGACACAGAAGAAGGCUGCUGAAGUGCCUUACGAUGAAGAUGAGUUCUUUAAUUUUUAAUAUUUAUUACAGAACAUUUAGCCUCUUUA